AUGGUUGCAUCCCAUGAGUCUGUUGCCUCGGGCCUCCCCAGCCCUCCACGAAAACCGCUAGGAGAUCAACCUCAGAAAAAAAUGAAACUCUCCCUCUGGGACACCGCGGGCCAAGAGACUUACAAGUCGAUAACUCGCUCGUAUUUUCGUGGUGCCUCAGGGGCCCUGCUCGUUUUUGACAUCACUCGUCCCUCUACAUUCACCUCGUGCACCCAAUGGCUGCAAGAUCUUCGGCAAAUUGCAGAAGAUGGCAUUGUCGUAAUUCUGGUCGGGAACAAGAGCGAUCUCGCGGAAGUGGAAUCCGACGUCAAUCGCAGGCGUGUCACCAAGCAAGAAGCAGAGGAGUGGUGCCGCAUGAACAAUGUGGUUCGCUACGUUGAAACGAGUGCAAAGUCCGGUGAAGGCGUCGAGCGCGCAUUCCUUGAAGUUGCUGAGAUGAUUUAUCGCAAUAUCGAGGCAGGAAAGUACGACUUGAACGAUCGUCGAAGCGGCGUAAAGGGUUUUGGGGCUACAGGGGGAGCAAGUGCGGGAACGCCGAAGACCAUCACCUUAGGCUUGAAUGAUGCAAUGCGCAGUGGUGGAAAUGGUUGGCGCGGAGCUUGUUGCUAG